AUGGUGAUGCAGACAGAUCUCCUGGCUGGUGCGUACCACUCAGAUUGCGCUCCUUGGUGCGUCGUCAGUUGCGAUGGAGUGCGGUGCUCUCCUUGCAACGGAUCACUUGACACUUGGACCUUUGGCAGGCGCUUUGUUGUAUCGCCCAGAGAGCCAUGCAGGCGUUGCGGCAUGUAAAGCAAGCGCCUUGUGA